CGAUUCCCCCUUCAGAUUUUUGCGCUUUAGGUAUUUUAACCCGGCCAGGAUGAGGAAAGAUCCCUCCAAACCAAGGGGCAAGAUGUCCUCCUACGCCUACUUUGUGCAGACCUGCAGGGAGGAGCACAAGAAGAAGCAUCCCGACGCUUCGGUCAACUUUUCCGAGUUCUCCAAGAAGUGCUCUGAGAGAUGGAAGACCAUGUCCGCCAAGGAGAAGGGCAAGUUCGAGGACUUGGCCAAGCUGGACAAGGUGCGUUACGAGCGCGAGAUGGUCAACUACGCCCCCGCCGGCAGAGGCGGCAAGCAGAAGAAGUUCAAGGACCCCAACGCCCCCAAGAGGCCCCCCUCGGCCUUCUUCGUCUUCUGCGCCGAGUUCCGCCCCAAGGUGAAGAGCGAGAGUCCGGGCCUGACCAUCGGGGACGUGGCCAAGAAGCUCGGCGAGAUGUGGAACGGCACCGCCUCCGAGGACAAGCAGCCCUACGAGAAGAAGGCGGCCAAGCUGAAGGAGAAGUACAAGAAGGACGUGGCGGCGUAUCGCUCCAAGGGCAAGGCGGGCAGCGCUCCGGCCAAAGCGCCGGCCAAGGCGGAGAAGAAGGACGACGACGACGACGAUGACGACGACGAGGAGGAGGACGAAGACGAGGACGAGGACGAUGACGACGACGAGUAGCGAGGCCUCACGUCCUCGUGCACACGCCUCACCUCCUGAAGGAAGGAAGAAAGUGUCAGAGGGGUGAAGAAGGAAGGCUGUGGUGGAUAUCACUUGUUUUUAUGCUGUACAGUUUGUUUGUAAAGUUAACACCACCCUUCAUGUCCUCCACCUACCCUGCCCUAGGGCUUCAUGUCCUCCACCUACCCUGCCCUAACCCUUCAUGCCCUCCACCUACCCUGCCCUAACCC